UUAUAGAGCUUUAAUGCUCCUGAUGAUUAUUUUGUACUUGAAACACAAUCAUUGGAUCCUUCAUUCAUGAAAAGAGGUAGUAAAAGAUAUUUUUCAUAGGAGAUCAUUGUAGUUAUAUAAGCAUAACACAUUAUGCCUCAAUCAUUGACUCGAGAAAUGCCCUUCAAAUUGGUCUAUAGAUCUCAUGUGAUGGUUGAUUUGAACUUACAUCAACCUCAACCCGAGUAUGCAUAUCAAGCAACUUCGUAUAAAACCCAAACAUGAGAAUAGAUCUUGAAAUGCUUGAAGAGGUUGGAGAUUUAACUCACAUAAUUGGGUUUGCUGCAAAACUCAAGGGUACAAUUUUAACAAAUUUCAAAGAAAGAGAAUGACAAUCCCUUAAUUGGGUUUGCUGCAACAUUGUUUAUUCUUACGGCAAUGCAUGCAAUAACAAAACAAACGACAGAUGAAACCCUGCUUUUCAAACCAACAAAUCCUUAAACUCAACCACAAACUCUCACACCUCGCCAGAACAAACCAAUUCUCCGAUUCCCUUAAACUCUUCACCAAAAUCCACUCCUCCCACUUCCAUAAACCAGAUCACUACACCCUUUCAACCGUCAUAACCGCCACCGCCAACACCCGCCAUGUCACCACUUUCGGUAACCAGCUUCACUCCUUCGCAAUUCAAACGGGCCUCAAAGCCCAUUCCCACGUCGCCAACUCCCUCCUCUCUCUUUACUCCAAAGCCCAUGACCUUAUUUCGGUUCAACUCGUUUUUGAAGAUGUUUUAUACCCAGAUGUGUAUUCAUGGACCACCCUUUUAUCUGCUGUCACUAGAUUGAGUCGUGUUGAUUUUGCACUUCAUGUGUUUGAUAAAAUGCCCAAGUGUUACGUUGCUGUUUGGAAUGCUAUUAUUACAGGGUGCAGUGAUAAUGGACGUGAAGAUGUUGCUUUUAAGUUGUUUAAAGAUAUGUUUAGGAUGAAUGUUAGGCCUGAUAAUUAUACGUUUGCUACUAUCUUGAGUUUGUGUUCUUUGGAGGUUUUGGAUUAUGGAAGGCAUGUUCAUUCUGUUGUUUUCAAAACUGGGUUUUUGGUUAGGACUUCUGUGGUUAAUUCUCUUAUUAGUAUGUAUUCUAACUGUGGAUGUGUUGCCAAUGCUUAUGAGGUGUUUGAGGAAACGGAAGGUGGGGUUCGCGAUCAUGUUACUUAUAAUGCAAUGAUAGAUGGUUUUGUGAGCAUGGAAAGAUUUGAAGAUGUGUUUGUGAUGUUUAGGGAUAUGCAUAGGGCUUGUAUUUGUUUAACUGAAGUUACUUUUGUGAGUGUGCUGAGCUCUUGCUGUUCUUUGAGAGUUGGGUGUCAAGCACAAGCUUUGGCUAUUAAGAUGGGGUUUGAUCAUGGCUAUACUGCUGUCGACAAUGCGACGAUAACAAUGUAUUCAUGCUUUGGGGAGGUGAGUGAGGCUCGAAAAGUUUUCGAGAGAAUGGAAGAAAGUAGGGAUCUUGUUUCAUGGAAUGUAAUGAUUUCGAUGUUUUUUCAAGAGAAUAUUAAUGAAGAAGCAAUCUUGACCUAUAUGAAAAUGAGGAGGGAAGGAAUUGAACCAGAUGAGUUUACUUAUGGAAGCUUGCUAGCUGCAUCGGACUCUCUACAAAUGGUUGAGAUGUUCCACUCCCUCCUUUGCAAAAAUGGACUUAUCAAAGUUGAAGUUUGGAAUGCAUUGAUUUCUUCAUACUCUAGAAAUGGAAAGAUAAAGCGUGCCUUUCAAAUCUUCUCCAAUCUUCCCUAUAAAAGUUUGAUAUCCUGGAAUGGUAUCAUAUCUGGGUUCUUGAUGAAUGGAUGCCCGGUGCAAGGGUUGGAGCAAUUCUCUGCAUUACUUAAUACAAAUCUCAAGCCAAAUGCCUACUCCCUCAGUCUUGUUUUGAGCAUCUGUUCUUGCAUUUCAGCCAUGGAUCAUGGGAAACAGGUUCAUGGUUACAUACUACGACACGGUUUUGAUUCAGAAAUCUCUUUGGGUAACGCCCUGGUGACAAUGUAUUCCAAAUGUGGGUCUCUAGAUGGGUCGUUGAGUGUAUUUAAUGCAAUGGUCGAAAGAGAUACAAUCACUUGGAAUGCUAUCAUAUCUGCUUAUUCACAACAUGGACAAGGCAAAGAAGCUGUGCACUGUUUUGAGGCAAUGCAAAUCUCCCCCGGAAACAAACCAGACCAGGCUACAUUUACUGCAGUACUUUCAGCUUGCAGCCAUUCAGGUUUAGUUGAUGAUGCUACCCAUAUUUUUGAUAUCAUGGUGAAAGUUUAUGGAUUGGUGCCAAGUGUGGAUCAUUUUUCUUGCAUGGUUGAUAUGCUGGGUCGCAGUGGUUACCUUAAUGAGGCAGAAAGAGUAAUUACAGAUGGAUAUUUUGGAGCACACUCCUAUAUGUGCUGGUCAUUGUUCAGUGCUUGUGCAGUUCAUGGGAAUUUAAUAUUAGGAAGAAAGGUUGCUAGACUUCUCUUAGAAAGAGAGCAUAACAACCCGUCAGUUUAUGUGCUUUUAUCAAAUAUAUGUGCAGAAGCAGGUCAGUGGGAAGAAGCAGCUAAACUGAGGGAUAUGAUGAAACAAUUUGGGACGACAAAACAGCCUGGCUGCAGUUGGAUAUCAACCUAAGACUUGCAAGUUAUAGGUGUUUAUAAAUGUAUAAGCAAGAGCAUAAUGUGAUGGAAUUCUUGUACAGAGUCCAGUUUUGAAUAUGAUAAACCAAAGAGGAUGAUGUGAUAUGUAAAGAUAUAUUCAUAGUAAAGUUCCUAUGCUUGCAUAAAAGCUGGCUAAAGUGGCUGGUUUUUAUUCAAGACGUUCUAAUAUUUACCUUCUCAAUGAAGGUUAAAGAAGCCAAACUUUGAAACUUUCUUUUACUCCAGAGAGGUGAUUGGCUGGGUGGACUGGCAGUAGAACCUACUAGUGUGAUUGAACAAUGGAUUUUUACAUGGUAAUAUAGUUUGAGAGUAAUUCAAAUUCUUCAGUGUAAAUUACCAUCUCAAAAAUAAGAAUUUUAAAUUUCUUUUUAACCCUAUAAAAUGAUAAAUUACAAGAUUGUAAAUUA